CUCAACAAAAUCAGUAGUGAGCUGUCUCUCGGAACGAUAUAGACGUGUAUGACCUCAGCGUAAAACAAACAGGUCGAUCGCGGUUGGUGUAACUCUUUGCCUCAAUCUUGCGGAAAAAUAGAAUGGAGUGAAACGAGUUUUUCAAAAAUAAUAAAACAGCACAUACUGCAGCAAUUCCUUUACGGCAGUAGUGUCGCGCAAAAGGAAGAAAAAAGUUUUCAAGAAGAAAUUGCCGACAAGAAGAGUGAAUCAGAUAUUUCCGCUGUACGGGGUGUGUGAAAAGCUUCACAUGAAUACAAGCAGCAAAAGUGUGUGCGCGAUAUGAUAAUUUGUGCACCGAGCGAGACGAAUAACUAGUGGAAUCUGAAAUCAUCGUUGAAGAGAAGAGCUCCAUAAAGGUGUACAGUGAAAACGUGAUAUCAAAGGCUUAGAGCAGCAGAGAGGAAAGAAAUCGCCAUGUAUCGGCCGAAUUUCUAUGAAUCAACAUGUUUCCGCUGCAACGAGAUCGUCUAUCAGGUUGAUCGGGUGGGUCCACUGAAGGAUUUCACAUUUUUCCACUCAGGAUGCUUCAAAUGUAAAAAAUGCGGAACCAAACUCACGCUUAAAACUUACUACAACAACCAGCAUGACCAGGAUGAUAAAGAGGUUUAUUGCUGUUCCCACGUGCCAAAGAGCGGUCCCGGCCAUUUUGACCAAACGUCAGUUGGCAUAAGACAAGCGCUGAAUGUGCCGAAAAGCACAAACUACGUCAAUGAACAAAUCAGAGGGCAUCGAAACGAUAGCAUUGACGGUCUACCGAGGCAAAUGACACCAAAUGGUUUCAACGGAAUCCACGAGGGCAGUUCACCGCCACAGACUGAUCCCGAGUACAAAUAUGGUCGCUUCGAUGCCAGCGCCUUACACAUUGCCCACGCGCUCAAGCAGACGGAAAUUCAAAAAGCGUACGAAAAGAAGCGCGAAAAACCGAUCGAUUAUUAUUUGGCACGUGAAGAACAAGCGAAACUCGAAAUGAAACACCGCAAGGAAGAAGAUGACUUGUACAGAAAAUUCGCAAAGAAACGUGAGGAAGAGGAUAAGCGAAUGCAGAACGAGAUUCAAGAUGAAUGGGAACGUGAGUUACAACGCCUGGCCCACAAGUUCGAAAAGGAAAUGACGACCUCUCGACGAUCCCGGGAAGAUCAAAAUAUUCUGACGCUUAAACACGAGCAGCAAAAGGAGGAUUUGGAGAAAAACAUGACCAUCAGGAAAACGAAAAAGAAAGAAAGUUUAACACGCAAACUUCUCGAGCACGAGCGAUCGGAAACAGCUGCAUUGGUCGAUCGCCAAUCCAGUGAAAUGUUAGAGUUGAUCAGUGCGCGAAGAAGUGAAUACAUGCAGAGUGAGAGUAUAUUCCUGGAUGAAGAUUUUACGGAAGGUACAACACCACUGGGAUAUCCGUUAGUUGCACCCAAACCUGCACCGCCUGCGCUCAGUAAAUUCCAAAUCUACAACGAUCCAGUUGAGUUUCAGGAUGUAGAUCAGAUAGCUAUUACUGUUGCUCAAGAGGAUCAAAAAACUUUUACUGAUUUGGUACGGCAACUUGUCGGUCGAUGCACGUCGGAUAUUGAAAAGGCUCGCACUAUAUUCAGGUGGAUUACGGUGAAAAAUCUCAAUACUAUGACAUUUGAUGAUGAUCUGCGGGGAGAUACCCCGAUGGGACUUUUGAGAGGUAUCAAGUUUGGUACAGAGAGUUAUCACGUUCUGUUUAAGCGUCUGUGCAGCUAUGCCGGUCUACACUGUGUCGUCAUUAAAGGAUACUCUAAGAGUGCUGGUUAUCAACCUGGUGUGAAGUUCCAGGACUCAAGUCAUCCGAAAAAUUCAAGAUUUAGAAAUUCUUGGAAUGCAGUCUACGUUGCUGGUGCGUGGAGGUUCGUACAAUGCAACUGGGGUGCUCGACAUUUGGUCAAUGCUAAAGAAGCUCCAAAAAGUGGAAAGGGUAAAAACGACAGCCUGCGCUAUGAAUAUGACGACCAUUAUUUCCUAACGGAUCCCCGAGAAUUCAUUUACGAAUUUUUCCCUCUCCAAGAGGAAUGGCAACUGCUUAAGAGACCUAUAACGCUCAGCGAGUUUGAGAAUCUUCCCUUCGUAAGGUCGCUUUUCUUCCGUUACGGUCUUCAUUUUGCAGAUGAAGGAUACGGUGCAGUGGUUUACACGGAUGAUACAGGUGCUGCAACCGUACGGAUAGCGAUGCCUUCCGAUAUGCAAGGAUGUCUGAUAUUCCACUACAACCUCAAGUUUUAUGACAGUGAAGAAGAUUCUUACGAUGGCGUAUCCUUAAAGCGAUUUGUAAUGCAGUCCGUUAUAAGUAACAUCGUGGCUUUCCGAGUUCACGCCCCUUGUUCGGGCGCAUUUUUACUCGAUAUAUUUGCUAACGCCGUUACACCUCAAGAGUACCUGACAGGCGAACCAAUGAAGUUCAAAAGCGUCUGCAAAUUCAAAAUAUGUUGUGAGGAAUUACAAACGGUCAUGGUGCCUUUACCGGAUUGUGCCAGUGGCGAAUGGGGACCUACUAAAGCUACCAGACUUUUUGGACUGAUACCAAUUACACACCAGGAGCCCCUCAUUUUCGCUGGACGAGCUAUUGAGUUGCAGUUCCGAAUGUCAAGACCGCUAACGGAUUUCAUGGCAACUUUACACAAAAAUGGAAUCGAGGAGAAGAAAUUAUCGAAAUAUGUACAACACAAUGUGAUAGGAGAUACUAUCACAUUCAACAUCAGUUUCCCACAAGAAGGACAAUAUGGAUUGGACAUUUACACACGGGAAGUUGGAUCCAUUGCAAACAACAACAACUCAUCAACCGAGAAACAUUUGCUUACACAUUGUUGCAAAUAUCUUAUUAAUUCUUCAAAACGAAACUAAUGGCGUUUUCGUUUGGAGAAAACUAGGAUUGAAAUAGGUUACACGUUCUACUAACACGUGCUUAUUGUAAUGACUUCAACCAAACCUAUUACUUACCAAACGAAAACGCGAUAAUGAAAUUGACCUAGCCCACUCAUCACCAGUUUUAAAAAUAUAAACCGUACUCUAUUGUUAGCUGAAUAAUGUUAUUUGUUCUUGUAAAUAUAGAAUAGUAAAACUA